UCGCAAUAUCCGCGCUACCAAACACGCCCGGCCUUCAAUAGCGAGGAGUACUCGAACCCUAACUGCAGGGUAUAUAAAAUCAGCCGUGCGCGAGAUAGGGUUUGCGCGCUGGAGGAGACAUCGGAGCUUCUGCAACAAUGGUGGCCGCCAAGAAGACCAAGAAGACGCAUGAGAGCAUCAACAACAGGCUCGCUCUCGUCAUGAAGAGCGGGAAGUACACCUUGGGGUACAAGACCGUCCUCAAGUCCCUCAGGAAUUCUAAAGGUAAGUUGAUCAUCAUUGCAAACAACUGCCCUCCCCUCAGAAAGUCCGAGAUAGAGUACUAUGCCAUGUUGGCCAAGGUUGGGGUUCACCAUUACAACGGCAACAAUGUCGAUUUGGGCACUGCAUGUGGGAAAUACUACAGGGUGUGCUGCCUCAGUAUCAGUGACCCAGGUGAUUCGGACAUCAUCAAGAGCAUACCUGGCGAACAGUGAGCUACAUCCUCUGAAGCUAUUAGCCCUUUUUCAUUAGUGGAUUUGGCCUGGGGUUUGGGUCUUUCACUUAGCAAUGUUAGUAUGAUGUUUGUUGACAGAUCAACAGUUUUGAAUAUGGAACUUGAGUUGCUCUGAUAGCUUAUUCUGUUUGCCUGAUGAAUCGAAUUUAUAAAGCAUUUUUGUUGUAGAA